UGCUCUUUUCACUCUUCGCUCCCUGCUACUAAACCCUACGCUUCUGCUACUUCUUCACUCUCAAUCUCUUAAUCUCUCCGUCACUUACACUUCCCUCACUCCCAUCCAAACAGACCCUAACAAUGUCGAGCUCUCUCGACAUGUCUCUAGAUGACAUAAUCCACAGGUGCAGGGGAUAUCGAGGAGGAGAACGUAACAACAAUCAUUUUAGAGGUAGAGACAGAGGCGGAGCCUCCCGUUCUGGCUCCGCUCCUGGCCCUAAUCGCCGGUUUUUCCAGCGUGACGCGAUCAGGCACAGACCCUACCCAAUGCUGCCUCCAAUGGUAGUUCCGGAGCCGAUAAUGCUUCCUAGUGGAGAGGCUAAUGGGGAGUCAGGCACUAAGCUCUACAUAUCAGAGUUGGAUUAUGGUGUUUCUAAUGAUGAUAUUAAGUUGCUUUUCUCUGAUGUGGGUGAAUUGAAAAGGUACUCAAUCCAUUAUGAUAAAAGUGGAAGAUCAAAGGGGACAGCUGAAGUUGUCUUUUCACGCCAGACAGAUGCUCUAGCAGCUAUCGAGAGGUACAACAAUGUUCAGCUUGAUGGGAAGCCAAUGAAAAUUGAACUUGUUGGAGUUAAUUUAUUUGCUCCUCCUAUGCCUGUAACUGCAUCUAGUAACAUGGGAAAAUCGCAUGGUGCCUUUAGAAGUGAGCGGCCACAUGCAAUAACUCCACCUCAUGAGGUCGGCAGUACAUCUGAAUACAUCUCAUUGGUGGGAAAAGGGGAAAAGGGACUGAAUAACCAAGUGAUCAAGGAAGCUAUAGAGCUAGGGGAUGGGGACGUGGUGGUUUUCGUGGUCGAGGAUAUGCCAGGUUCCAAGGGCAAGAGAGACGCCAUGGUGAGGAGUUAACUGCAGACAAGCUUGAUGCUGAAUUGGAGAGAUACCAUCUUGAAGCCAUGCGAAUAAGUUGAUUUCAUAACUUAUUAUGGAUAUUUGCUUGCAUCAACAGUUUCUUGUUGGGCUCUUGUAAUUUUGGGGUAUUAUGAGUUAGAAUUUAGAUGGAUAAUGUCACUGGAAAGAUCAUGGUAGAACACAUGCAGGGCUUGGUCUUUUGAUGGUAGUUCCUCCAUGCGUUUAAAUACCCACUUUUUGUUUGGAUAAAGGCGCAACAUUACAUUGAGCUAUAACAUCACCAUAUAUGAUGUAGAUACAAAA